GGCGCUGUCCGGCAGCCGGGUGGUGCUGCAAGUGGGCAGAGAGAGAGAAAGCGGGCAAGCAAUCAAUGCACAGACCCGGAGUCGCAGUGGCACCACAACUACGGGGGUCCACUCCAAGAGGUUGCCUUCAGCCACAUCAGAGGCUCGCUGUAUUCCGUUAAGGAAACUAAACCAUAGACUUGCUGUAUGCAAUCAUAGGAAAUAUAUCAGGGGUUGGCUGCACAACAAUUAAACUAGAGACGGGGUCAACCACUAUAUACCAAUCGUUAGAUGCAUUUAACCAUGAGAAAUGCAAUCUGAAACAGCAUGAAUUUACCACAGAUGAUACACCAGCACUGGUUGGACCUCAGAAAUUACUAGCUGGGACCCAGCAGUUUCAAUCCCGCCAAUUAUACCGGGGGGGGGGGGGGGGGUUGUGGAGGAAAUAUUUAGAAUUGGCUGCUUCAGACACAAAAAAGUACGACUGGGGUAGACUCUGGUUGGAUCAAAUGGAUCUGUAGCAGAAUUGAUUUCGAAGUACAACCGUAAUCCGCCUGUAUCCUGCCAGACGUAUAAUUAUACUAGGAACUGGGUUCCUUCUACAUUCAGACGGUUUAUAACACGGCAGCAGACCGGAGACUUGGGUCCUUCACAAGGUGCUUUCCUGCUGCCAUUCCAAGAAAUGAGGUUGGAAGCAGAAAUAUUUCCCAUGGACUUUGGAUGGAUCAACGGAGACCAAACUUGAAUGGAACCUAUGUGUGCCGAUUUGUGAGACGCCUCUCAUUAAUCACAGCCAUUUAUCCUUCUUCAUAUACCCUUGAAAAGAAAAUGAUGAAGUUGUCUCCCAGAUGAUUAAUGCCAGGAUCAUCUGAGAUGUUCAUUGACACAGUGAUGGCUCGGGCAUGAUGUAGGAGCUCAUAGAUUGCAGCCAUCAUUCUGUUGCCAUGGUUUUGUACACGUCUGCUUUUCCAAAUUCCUUCCUACAGACCCUUCACUCCCUGGCCUGGGGGCUCAUAUUCCCUUGCUACUGGUUUGCCGACCGGUUGUUGGUGUCCUUCCUGCCUACCACCUAUGAGAAACAUCAAAGGGGAGAUGAUCCAUGCUACCUGAGGGCACUCUGUCUCACCAUUGUCAUUCCUGUCUGCCUGGCUUUGCUGCUCACCUCCCUCCCAUUCGCACUGGUGGGUUUUGUGAUCUGGGCCCCUCUCCAGUCUGCCCGCAGACCCUAUGUUUACUCAAAGUUUGAGGAUGGCUCUGAGGCCGGUGGGGCAACAGGGCCGGGCAACUGGAAGGCAUUGGGUGGCAAGAGCUUCUGCUUCGCCACAGCCAAUGUCUGCCUCCUGCCUGAUUCUUUGGCCCGCUUCAACAACCUCUCCAACACCCAGCUGAGGUCCUGCGAGGUGGGCAGGAGAAUCCGGAACGGUGCCAGCCGGCCCCAGAUUAAGAUUUACAUCGACUCCCCGACCAACACAUCCAUUAGUGCUGCAAGCUGGAGCAGCCUGGUCUGCCCGCACCCCAGUGAGAACAACCGGGCAAACAGCACGGGGAUCAAGAGGACUUCCUCCAUGGAUUACAAAGGGGACAACUUCAUUGGAAACUGCAGCGAGGACAGCAAGGACUCCAAGCUGGGCUGGGAGCAGAGCGAUGGGGACAGCAACUCCUGCAUUGUCCGCAUCUGCAGUGAGGAGGCAACGUCUUCGGCUGGCAAGGAGGCAGACGCCUGCAGUGUGCAGGUCACCAUAACCCAGCCCAUGGAGCCGGGAGAAGUUGAGACUGAGGACCAAAACGACCAGACCCUAAACCACAGGCAGAAGGAAGGAGACAGGAGCAGCCUGGAUAGCAACAAUACGUCCAGAGAAUCCCUGAUCAAGUUCAGGAUCAUUGAUGGGAUGACAGACAGUGGCACCACCUCCAAUAACAAGUUUGUCCACAAGGCCUCGGUCAUGAAGAAGUCAUCCGUGAAGAAAAAGAGACACCAUGGUGAGAACUUUGACCAUGAGCUGUCGGCCUUCUUUCCCGCCAACCUGGACUUCCUCUGCCUGCAGGAGGUCUUCGACAAGCGAUCGGCGGAGAGAUUGAAAGCGCAGCUGAACCCCUACUUCCAGUACGUGCUGUACGAUGUGGGGACCUACGCUUGGCAACGCUGCUGCAGCUUCAAGUUUUUAAACAGCGGCCUCUUUUUUGCCAGCCGCUACCCAAUUUUAGACGUUGAAUUUCAGUGCUAUCCCAAUGGGAAAGGAAGCGACUCGCUGGCAGCCAAGGGAGCCCUUUUUGUAAAGGUGCAUGUUGGAACCACACCUCAGGACCAAAGAAUUGUGGGUUAUGUUUCCUGCACUCAUUUGCAAGCUCUGUCAGGAGAUGCCUCCAUUCGCUGUGAACAGAUGGACCACCUGCUGAACUGGCUGGCCGAGUUCCGAAAAUCUACCUCUUCACCCAACACAGAGGAGCUGCUGGCAUUCGAUGUACUGUGUGGGGAUUUCAACUUUGAUAACUGCUCCGCGGAGGACAAGCUAGAACAGCAACAUUCUCUCUUCACCCAGUACAAGGAUCCCUGCCGCCUGAGCCCUGGAGAGGAGCAGCCCUGGGUCAUUGGUACGUUGAUGGACCCAGAAGGACUCUAUGAUGAAGAUACUGUCACACCAGAUAAUCUGCAGAAGGUGCUGGAGAGUGAAGAAGGUCGUAGGGAGUAUCUGGUCUUCUCCCACUGCAAGAACCAGCCAGCUUCUCAGAAGGGGAGGAAGGUGCCAAUGAAGGGCUGUGGACGGAGGAUCGACUACGCUCUGUACUCUGAGGAAGGCCUGAACCCUGACUGGAAAAUGGAGGUGGAGGAGUUCAGCUUCGUCACCCAGUUGGCCGGCCUGACUGAUCACCUGGCAGUGGCCAUGCGUCUCUCAGUGUCGAUCAGAGAAGAGGACCCUUGACUUCCAGGGGGAGACGAAACCUUAGGGGAAGGUGAUGCCUGUGUGGGAAUGAGAGUGGCUCAUUUUCAGGUUCACAGAUAUGGAUGAGAUACAAGCUGACUAGGCCUGAGGCCUCCCGUUCGAUUUGAUUGUAGAAAUGAUUUAGAGGGUGGUGUUGAAGGCCACAAUCAACACUGGUUAUUUCCAUGCUCUACGACAGAAAGCAGAGGCCUUGUUGUGGACUUCCAGAAGAGUGGAAAGUGAAAACGACGUAGAUAUUUCGCACUGCCUUAGACUGGUGCCACUCUUGAGGUGUUCCCUCUCUAUUUUGAACUGCCCAGCACAACUUUAGAUUUUGACAAGUCCGUGAAUGUGUGUUUGAUGGGGUUUUUUGCAGAACCCUUUGUAUAACUUUUGAUGAAUCUGAUGAUUUUUUUGCUUUUUCAAUGAGCACGGCAGUGACAUCUUCGGCAUUAAUGUGUGUGUCCUGUACCCCUAAUGGUGUUAGUGCAUGUCCCAUAGCCAAAGAUGCACGUGUGUGUGUAGAGGAAAACCAACCGCAGCCAGGAAAACAUGGUUAGUUGCUGAGCUACAGGAAUGGACACAUCCUGCGGACUGUUGCUCUAACCACAUUCACCCGAGUCUUGUUGGCAAACUAAGUUUGGGUUCAGCAAAGGAAAACCUGAUGCGUCCUGUCAACUCCAACUACAUGUUGUGUUUUAGCGCAUUUAGUGGAAACCCCUUUUAAGGCCACUUGCCAACAGAAACUGAGAGACAACUUUGAUCCCACUGGUUUUGGUGCAGAAUAUUGCAACGUGAUUUGGUUCUGAUUCAAGAAUUGUAGCCUUUAUUUUGAAAACCAGAUGGCGGCCCUGUCUGGAAUAUUAACGUUUAUGGUGAACUUUUGCAACACUGUUGUUUGCAGACAUCUUUCAGUUUUGUUGUGGGGUCAUUGAACGAUGCUGAUCACUGGUCAUCAGCCGCAGGUAUUGCCCACCCAGUCCAACUUGUUCAUCAGUCAGCGAGCACUGCCAACCCUCACAGAGUGUUGCUUCUGAUGAUGAGCACUGCUGAGCCUGCCUGAGGGAUGGUUCUGGUUGUGAGCACCAUGAAUGACACAUGGACCAAGAGACAGAAAUUCAAAAUGAGGAUCCUGCCAUUUAAAACUGAAGUGCGUAGAAAGGGUGUUGAAUCUCUGGAAGUAUCUGCCCCCAAGGGUGGUAGAGGCUGCAUCAAUAGAAAUAUUUAAGGUGGAGGAAUUACGAGUUACAGGACACCAGCAGAGAAAAGUUGAAGUCAGCAGUGAUCAGCCUUGUUGAUAUUGAACGGCAGAGAACUUGAGUGGCCUGGCGGCCUACCCCUGCUCCCAUUUUCUUGUGCUGUUAUGACUUUGCUAGGAGACUAGUUAAGGCAAUCUUGCCAAGCAAACACAGUGUAGGAGAGAGGAAAAGCACUUCUAACCUUGUCUGGGAAGAAUUAGUUGAUGCAAGCAUGUCAGAGCACGAGUGCACACAUAUUCACUAACACUGCUUUUCGUGGAUUACCGUUUAGUUUUUUGCCUCAUUUUCCCUCGCAGCCCAUAGUUUACUUGGCCCCGGACAAUUUGUGUUCAAUUUCAAUGCUCCUGCAAUUAUCUUUCUCCUUUUCCUGUGAUCAGCUCACAAUUCCACCAUUCUCCUUCCAUUGACUCGAAAGUUGCCAUUAUCUGGUUUGUGGUUGGCCUUGUACUGAAUGUACAUCCAUAAAACUUUGCUAUUGAGCACUUUCUGUUUUUAUAUGUAACUAAAGGAAAUUUGAAAAAAAUUUGCAAAAUUGCAGUACAUAAGUCUGGUCCCAGCCCACAUGGGUGAGCAGAGGCAGACUGAGGCUCCCGAUCAUCGACAUGCCACGGCGCUGCGGAUCAACUAGCUACCAUGAAAUCCACCCUAAUCUGAGAGCAAAAGGUCAGGUAAAAUCUGUACCAGGUGAUCGGCAAUCGCCGUUUCACUGCUUUGACUCUACCCAUAACCUCAGGCAUUUUCCUUUGUUACUUAACAAUCACCAGAAUAUACUGAUGCUCUUCUGCACAAGUCCAUGGUUUGCCCUGAACCUUUCACCCAUCCCCUAUAAAUGGUACUUCAGCAGCUUGCUUGGAUGAUGGCCUACCAUUCUUCAUUGUGAGGUUAGACAAAGUAAGGACCUCUUGCAGAAGACCCACAAACUGCUAGCCAAGCCAGCCUUUCCCUUUCAGCUCUAGAUUAUGAAGAAUCCAAACAAGUUCACCAUUCCCCUCAUUUGAUCAGUCUCCUCAGAUCUCCAAUCACUGGGACUAUUCUAGAAGGUGUUACUUAUUGUCAGUCUACUUACGGAAGUUCCAAACCUCUAACUGCAAUUUGCAACCCAAUGCUAGCAACAGCUAGGAGCCGAAACCAGCUCCAUGAACUGGAACAUAUUCUGUUGUUAAGAACCGGAAAUUCACCAUCCAUAAGAAGCCCUGUGCCACACAGGGUCCAAUUACAUAGACGCUGGCUCAGUUAAAUGUCAACCUGCAUCCCUUAGCAGCUGUUCCAGCAGGCCUUGUUCCCAAAGAACAGCUUGAGUUGAGCAUCCAGCAGGCUGGCCUCUUAACAGCCAAUUCUGUGCCAGGGAUAUGGUACUAGUUGUUUAAUCUUCAUUUCUGGCAGACGCUCUUUGCCUUUAAAUUGGAAAGGCAUGUUGUCCCUCCUACCCUCCACCCAGCCCCAGAAUAAUAGAAUUCAUUCCUUUAAUCUUUCCUCCAGUCUUAUAAAGAUAAUGCUCAUAAUGGUGUAUCUACUUCUUCCAGGACAUGGUUUAAGGGCUAUCCCUUGACCUGUGUAGAUUCAGAACCCAAAGCAGAAAAUCGCUGUUGUAGUGAACACAAGCAGCCAGUUUGCAGUCAGCAAGGUCCCGCGAGCAGCAAACUGAUAAACACUCUAGGAAUGCUGGACAUUGGCCAAGGCAGCAGGAAGAAUUCUCCUGCUUUUCUCUGCAGGAUCUUUUACUCCGUCAAAAAAAUAAGCUGCUCAACUCUAAAGUUUCACCUGAAACAACAGUAAGGCUAUUGCCCAUCAAUGAAAGCCCUCAAUUCCUUAGUUUGCAUCCAUCCUCUGCAAAAUUCUCUUCCCUGCAUCCAGUCUGGGCUAUGAAAUAAUUUAUCUAUUUUUCUGGACUAACAUCCUGGCCUGUUUCUAUUGCCUGCUUUUCCAUCAUAGAACAUACACCACAGGAACAUGCCUAUAGGUCCACAAUGUCUGCGUGCAACAUAAUGCCGAGAUAAACUAAUUUAAUCUGCUUA